AUGUUGUACCUCGUGGGACUCGGUCUUGCAGACGAACGCGACAUUACUGUCCGCGGCCUUGAGAUUGUCAAGAAGGCCGAGCGCGUCUACCUCGAGGCGUACACGGCGGUGCUACUGGUCGACAAGGAAGUGCUUGAGUCGUUUUAUGGGCGUGAAGUAAUCAUUGCCGACCGCGAGAUGGUCGAGUCAUCCAGCGACGACAUCCUCGCCGACGCAGACAAAGUCGACGUUGCGUUUCUCGUCGUGGGCGAUCCGUUCGGAGCAACAACACACACCGACCUUGUGCUGCGCGCGCGCGAGCUCUCCAUCCCCACGCGCAGCGUCCCCAACGCCUCGAUCCUGACCAGCAUCGGCACGACGGGCCUGCAGCUGUACAACUUCGGACAGACCGUGUCCAUGGUCUUCUUCCUCGACAACUGGAAGCCCGCGUCCUUCUACGACCGCAUCGCCGAGAACGUCACCAUCGGCCUGCACACCCUGGUCCUCCUCGAUAUCAAGGUCAAGGAGCAGAGUCUGGAGAACAUGGCAAGGGGCCGCAAGAUCUAUGAGCCCCCGCGCUACAUGACGGUCGCGCAGUGUGCGCAGCAGAUGCUGGAGAUUGAGGAGGAUGUCAAAAAGGAGGGCGUCUACAGCCGGGAGUCGCUGGCGGUCGGUGUUGCGCGUGUUGGCGCUGCAGACGAGAAGAUUGUCGCUGGCACUCUGGAGCAGCUCACCGAGGCCGACUUGGGCGCGCCGUUGCACAGCUUGGUGCUGCUGGGGCGGAGGACGCACGAUCUGGAGCGGGACUUCCUGCUCGAAUUUGCAGUGGACAAGGAGAAGUUCAAGAGUGUGUGGGCGAGAGACUACGAGGGCAAGCAGUAA